UUCUUAGCUUCAUUUUUUCCUUAGCUACAUCUUUUCCUAAAUAUUUCACGUCAAUUCCUGAGCUCUUUUUCGGGACUGUAAUUCAUUUUGGUUACUUUUGAUGAUAGUUCCAAGCUUCACCGCUAGAGGGAGAUGUUUUAUACAAAUAGAUAGAACUAAAAAUGUUUAAAACUAUGUUUUAAACAUAGUUUUAAACAUGGUUUACAACUUCAUGUUUAAACUUGCCUAUCCGUGAUUACAGGGCAAAAUUCCCGAGCGAAAAAAAAUUUUUUAGGAAUGCACCCAUAAAGUUUAUGAUAGUUGAAAGUGACCUUUUUUUUCUUCGAAAUGAACUAACUCAUUUAUUUAACUCACACCACUGCACAACUGUCAAAACCUUUUUUUUUAUUACAGAACAAUAAAAAAUAAAUUAAUGCAUCUGCGUCUAUAAAAAAUUAUGUUAUAAUUAUAUAAUUGAAUAAUGAAAUAAUUUUACAAUUUUACAAUCACUGUUUUGAUUUGAUUAUACUGCGCGGAGUAAACGAGGCUUCUUGUCGACAAAACUAGAGAUUCUAGGGUCUCUAAUCUUUUCGCUUAUUGUAAACACAGCCGUAAGCGGUUCGCAAGCACAAAGCCUUUGUUAUAUUGUAAUAUAAUCUUGCAGUGGCAAUAAAAAAAAACAAACCAUGGCUCAAGAACAAACAGUAAGUUUGCAUAUCAAUUAUUAUUAUCAAUGACUAAAUAGUUUUCAAUUAUAAUAAAAUGAAUAAUUAACAGUCGUAAAUACAUGAACUUUUAGGUUAAAAUAAUGAAUAAAAUUUGUUUUUGUAGGAUAACCUUCAAUUUACUUUUGUUUAUAAUUAUAACAUAUAUUUUUGUUGGUUAUGUGAGGGUAGAUCAUAAAUAAUAACAAGUACAAUUUAAUAUUAUUGGUUACGUUUAUUUAAUUAGCAGUCAGAGAAUAUAUAAUGUGAGGCAAGAGUGUAAAGUGCACGGCGGCCGGAACUGGAAUGAGUAUAUUAUAUAGUGGUGCAUAUAGUGUGUGUGUAGUGUAUGGUUGUGUAUGUUUGUUUAGUGUCAGCCUGUAAGUUAAGAUUUGUGUCCGGUAGUGUAGCAGUUGUAAAUAUAUUUAGUCAGGGACGUGUCAUCAGACUUUGUAUCUCCAACACCUCCUCUCAAAGAUGAUGACGUAGAACAUGUUGUUUACGUUACUUGUAGACCAAGUCCUCGGCUGCAACUUGUCAGUUUUGUGGAUGUUAACCCUUUAGUUAACAUGUCUGCUGGCAUCUUAUCAGUUGAUAGAUAUGAUGGUGUUACUCGCCCUUGUUCAUAGACGUCUCGGAUGAAAUGAUGUCUAAUGUCAAUGUGUUUAGUGCGAGAAUGAUAUGCUUGACUAAAUACAGGCUUUUGAGCACUUUGAUUGUCAUUGUAAAUAGUUGUAUGUUCUAUUAACAUACUAAUCUGACGAAAUAGCUCUUGCAAGUAUAAUGCCUCUCUAGUUGACUCUGAUAGAGCCAUAUAUUCGGCUUCAGUACUAGAUAAGGCGAUAGUCCUUUGUUUUCUUGAUUCCCAUGAUAUACUGGCACCAGCCAAUAUGAAAGCAUAUCCAGUAUAUGAUUUUCUAUCAUUUCUGUCACCUGCCCAAUCAGCAUCAGCAACACCAUACAAUUGUUUACCAGUUCUUUUAUAUACAAGCUUGGUAUCUAUACUGCCUUUUCAAUAUCUGAGAACUCUUUUUGCUGCUUUCCAAUGUUCAGAUGAGUAACAUGAGUUAAAUUGACUAAGAUAGCUUACUGCAUAUGAGAUGUCUGGCCUGGUAGAAAUGGCUAAAUACAUCAGAGCUCCAAUGAGUUGCCUGUAUGGAAGUCUUUGGAGUUCAUCAUUAUUUAUAUUCUUUGGUUUUUCUAGGCUUGCAGUUUGACAUAUCAAAUCUUUCGAGAAUAUCCUCUAUGUAUUUCUUCUGAUUUAAUUGUACUACAUCAUUUACUUUAGGCCUGCUAAAUUCUAUACCUAAGCAUCGUUUUACUUCACCAAGAUUUUUCAUUUCAAGAACUUUGGAGAGUGACGAUUUGAUUUCAUUUAUCCAUGUAAUAUUAGCAUUCCAUCCGGACUUUUCAUAUUUCAUAAUUAUCAUGUUUUAAUGGAUCAAUUGAGAUAACUUGGGAUUUCGCCAUUGUCACUAAUUUUUAUAUAUAUAAGCACUCACUGUUCACAUGCGGUUUCUGAUGCAAUAGACGCUACACGUUUUCACUAGACGCGUUGUACGUUAAACGAGAAAAUUUAUUGAAAAGCUUGUUAUUUAAUUUUAGGCUAAAUGCCUGGGCCCAUAACCUGUUGGUUGUGUGCGGGUAGAUCAUAAAUAAUAACAAGUACAAUUUAAUAUUAUUGGUUACGUUUAUUUAAUUAGCAGUCAGAGAAUAUAUAAUGUGAGGCAAAAGUGUAAAAAGCACGGCGGCCGGAACUGGAAUAAGUAUAUUAUAUAGGGGUGCAUAUAGUGUGUGUGUAGUGUAUGGUUGUGUAUGUUUGUUUAGUGUCAGUCUGUAAGUUAAGAUUUGUGUCCGGUAGUGUAGCAGUUGUAAAUAUAUUUAGUCAGGGACGUGUCAUCAGACUUUGUAUCUCCAACAAUUUUUAUUAUAAUAUUCAUUAUUUUAACCUUAAAAGUUUAUUUAUUUACGAGUGUUAAUUAUUAAAUACAAGAUUAAUAUAAUAAUAACACCAUAAUUAACCGUUUUAUAUUUAUAUUGGUACUAUUAUUAUUAUCAGGACAUCCUCAGUACACUGAGAGCUAAUGAGCGUGCUAGUAAAAGAGAGGAAGCAUCUCGGGCACACCGCAGGGCUGAUCUUGCUCGACGUCACGAGCAAGCUCAAGCAAGUCUUUAUUUGAUUGAAGAAGAAGCUUUUCAAGAAGGCUACGAAAUUCCAGCUUCAUCUUUUCGUGGAGUUCAUUUUCAUGAUCCACUUGGUGAUAAUCGUGGUGAUCUUGAUGGUGUUGUGGAUCUUGAUGAUGUUGGAGGUGCUGAUGCCAUCGAUUUGAGAGUUGCUCAUCGGGAGGAAAUGUUGAGAGGUGUACCAGUCGGUGGUAUUGCUGGUGGUGCUCAUAAUGUUGCUCAUACUGGUCAUAGUGUUUUUGCUGCUGGUGGUGCUGGGGCUGGAAGAUUGAGAGACGAAAAUGCUGGACGUGGUAAUGGUGGUACUCUUGGAGGUCAUGCUGGAAGUGUCAUUCUUGGCCAGAUGCCAGUUAACAGCUUUGAAAGUUCCAGGUAUUGGCGAAAGCAAUACUUUCAAUCAAUACUCGGUGGUGGUAGUGGUAACCGAGGACCAGGAAAUAAUACCGGGAGACGAGGACGAGGACGACAAGGUGGACGGGGUAGACAAGGUGGUCGAAAUGGAACCACCAAUGUCUUCUAUUUGGGAUCAUAAGCUAUACUAU